AUGUCUACUCGAAGAUAUGCAUUUGGGAGGCCAGACGAGGCAACCCAUCCUGACUCCAUCAGAGCUGCAUUAGCUGAAUUUGUCUCCACUCUCAUCUUCGUCUUCGCUGGUGAAGGCUCCGUCCUCGCUCUCGAUAAAUUGUACAAGGAAACUGGACCUCCAGCUUCAGGGCUGGUGAUGAUUGCGCUUGCACAUGCAUUGGCACUGUUUUCUGCUGUUUCAGCCAGCAUCAACGUAUCAGGUGGCCAUGUCAAUCCUGCUGUUACCUUUGGAGCUCUCGUUGGAGGAAGGAUCUCAGUGCUCCGCGCUUUCUAUUACUGGGUUGCUCAGCUUCUUGGCGCUAUUGUCGCUUCUCUCUUGUUGAGGCUGGUCACUAAUGGCAUGAGACCAGUGGGAUUUUAUGUUGCGUCAGGGGUUGGAGAGGUGCAUGGCCUUAUACUGGAAAUGGUAAUGACAUUUGGACUAGUUUACACAGUGUACGCUACAGCCGUUGAUCCCAAAAGGGGAAGCUUGGGGAUCAUUGCCCCCUUAGCCAUCGGGUUCAUUGUUGGGGCCAACAUUUUAGUUGGGGGUCCUUUUGAUGGAGCAUCAAUGAAUCCAGCAAGAGCAUUUGGGCCUGCACUAGUUGGGUGGAGAUGGAGGAACCACUGGAUCUACUGGCUAGGUCCUUUCAUUGGAGCGGGCUUAGCGGGGCUCAUAUACGAGUACUUGGUCAUUCCAACAGAGCCAUUACCACACCAUACUCAUCAUCAACCUUUGGCUCCUGAAGAUUACUAGUUUAUUA